UAGCCAAAUACUGAUAGUAAUGGUAAUAGCGACGAUAUGGAUGGCUCAAGUUUCUCAUCCUUCUAUUCAUCAUUUAUUAAAAUAACUGAUGGAUCUGACAGCCCACAAGAAACUGACAAGGAGUUCAAACAGGGCAAAUACAAAGAAAAAAGUGUUGUAAAGUUAAAGGAACAAGAAGAAAACGAUUCGCAACAUAGUAAACAAUAAUUCUUGCAUGUAGGAAAAUUAUAUAAAUUUAUCACCGAAUUUCACUGCAAAUGAAAUCAAAAAGUAUGGUUUAAAUAAUAUAAAACUGCUGUUAUUAAUCUAUUGGCAAAGUGUAAACUGUACGAAUAUUUUUAAAAAUAAAUGCUAAUUUUGUUUCUUUAAAUGGUUA